GACAGUUUCUCUUUGCCAUUUCACAUUAGUAGACUGGAUGGAUUAAUUUUCUGCAGUAUCUGAUGGUUUUAUUAAUAGAAAAUUAGAGAUAAUAAAAUAGAAAAAUCUUUAAACAAUACUCUAAUGAAUUCUUACGAAUAUGUCCACGUCUCAAUUAACGAAAUCAGUAUCAGGCGAGCAAAUAAAAUCUCGUUUCUAUGGUGUUUAUCUAUUAUGCAGUCAAAAUCCCGAUAAACGUUAUAAUGGUAAAUGCUACAUAGGUUUUACUGUAAAUCCAACACGUAGAAUAAAACAACAUAAUCGUGGUAAGGAUUUUGGAGGGGCCAAGAAAACUAGUAAUAAAGGUCCUUGGAAGAUGGUUAUGAUAGUGCAUGGUUUUCCCAACAACAUAGCAGCACUACAAUUUGAAUGGGCUUGGCAGCAGCCUACAUUGUCCUCACGCCUAAAGAACUAUCCCGAGUUGAAGAGAAAAUUGCCAAAGGAAACUUAUUUUCAAUAUAACUUUCGCAUAUUAAGUCGUAUGUUGAAUGUGGGUCCUUGGCAAAGACUACCUUUAGUAAUACGUUGGCUAGAAAAUGAUUAUGAAUGUGAAUUUGAUCUUUUAUUUGCUCCACCAAAGCAUAUGAAAAUUGUUAGUGGUUCUGUGGCACUUGAAAAACCCCAGAAAAAGAAACAACAAAAUAUAUUGCCUCGUGCCAUUUGGGCACCAGAAUGUCAUCUUUGCAUGCAAAAAAUACAAAAUGUUGAACAGUCGCGUAUUGGUUGCCUAAAUAACCUAUGUAAACUGACUUGUCACAUAAUAUGUUUAGCUAAUCACAUGUUGUCUUCGGAUCCCUGUCAAAGAGGGCAUUAUAUACCCAUAGCAGGCGAAUGUCCUUUAUGCGAAACACCCUUGUUGUGGAUUGAACUAUUGCAGAGGAAACGUAAAAUGCAAGGCAUAUUAUCCGAAGAAGAAGAUGAUGAAGAUGAGGAUGAUUUCGACAAUGAUGAAGAAGACAGCGAUGAAGAUGAAGAACUAAAGAAUUUGGGAUGUAAUAUAAGUUUUACUCAAAAUCAAGACAAUAUGGACGAAGCUUUAGAAUCAUUGGAUAUUUAUGAACUGAGUGAUUAAAAAAUAUGAAAAAAUACUCAACCAAAAU